AUGACAACCGGCGUGUUCCGCUACAUCGACCCCACCGCCGUCAACCCUUGGGCCAAGGUCGACACUGAUGUAACAUCCUUUGAGCGUGUCGAGCGCAAACGCUCCGUGACCAAUCUCCGCGACGCAGGGUCCAAUUUCGGCGGCAUCGACGUCUCUGGCUUCGCAGUCUACAACUCUCCCUCCGCCACCGACCCAGCCGUCUUCUUCGCCCCCGACGACACGGAACUGCGCAGGACCUACUACCCCGAGGUCGAGCGCCUGCUGCGCGACAAGCUGAGCGGUGUGAAAAAGGUCGUCAUCUUCGACCACACCAUCCGCCGCCACGACUCGACCUCGCCACGCCAGCCCGUCCAGCAGGUGCACGUCGACCAGACCCCCAAGGCCGCCGAGGCGAGGGUGCGGAGGCAUGUUCCCGCCGACGAGGCCGACGAGCUGCUCAGGGGUCGGUAUCAGCUGAUUAAUGUCUGGCGGCCCAUCGGGCAUGCGGCGAGCGACUUUCCCCUGGCUGUGAUCGACUGGCGCACCACGGCGCCCGAGGAUCUGGUCAAGGUCGACUUGUUGUAUCCCACGCGAAACAAGGAUAUCGGCGAUGGUAACGAUGAUCGUGGCAAGGAAAUCCUCCCUGAUCCAGACAGGGCAAAGGAUAUUACGGGCUAUGAAGUAAGAGGCGAGACGUAUUCGGUCGCACCUAGUCCCAGACACAAGCUGUACUACCAGAAGGACAUGACCCCGGAUGAGGCCAUGUUCAUCAAGUGCUUUGAUUCCUGGAGUCAGGGCCAGCCCAAGGGCCGGGAGGGCAUCGCGGCCCUGACGCCUCACACUGCUUUCAUCGACCCUGCUACGCCCAAGGACGCAAAGGAGAGGCAGAGCAUUGAGGUUCGGUGUCUGGUGUUUUAUGAGCCAGACGAGUCGUGA